AUGGGCAUCGAAGAAGCCCUCCCAGUCCGGCUCCGCGAGCAGCUGCGAGACGAUCUCAUAGCCCAGGGCGACGAAUUCGUCCUCGGCAUCCCCAAGGUCGAGCUACACGUCCAUCUCGAAGGGACCUUGACCGCGGAGCUACGCUGGAAGCUGACGCAACGGAACGGAACCAAGUUGCGCAUAGCCAAGAACGGCCCUGAGCUCAAGACUCUCGAGGAAAUGCAGGUUGCGAUGGACCUGCUCCGCCCAGACCCCAGCCGCGUCGACAACGACGAGGAACGGUUUCAGUUCUUUGAGGCGUAUUAUGAAGGGUUUGAGUGUCUGAAGACGAAGGAGGACUUCUUCGAUUUGGCGAUGCAUUAUUUUGAGCAUGCGGCCAAGAUGAAUGUGAGGUACUGUGAGCUGUUCUUCGAUCCGCAGGGACAUACUAGUCGGGGCGUGGGCUGGGAUACUAUGAUGGUAGGAUUUCGAGAAGCACGGCAACAGGCCGAGGCGGAUCUGAAUGUAAAAUCAGCAUACAUCAUGUGUUUCCUCCGCGACCUCUCCCCCUCCUCCGCCAUGGAACACUACAAAGCCGCCCUCCCCUACCGCGACACCAUCAUCGGCAUCGGCCUCGACUCCAACGAGACGGACCGCCCGCCCACCCUGUUCGACGAAGUCUUCACCCUCGCGCGCCGCGACGGCUUCAAGCUGACGAUGCACUGCGACGUUGGCUCCAAGAACACGCACGAGCACAUCCGGCAGGCGGCCUCUGUCGUUGCAGGCGCAGGGCUGGAUCGCAUCGACCAUGGUCUCAACGCCGCCGAGGACCAGAGUCUGAUCGACAUGAUUGUGAAGCGCGAUGUGGGCAUGACGAUUUGUCCGUGGUCGUAUCUGCGACAUACGACGUUUGCGGAGCUGGGGCCCAAGAUUCGUAAAUUGUACGAUGCGGGUAUCAAGAUUAGUAUUAAUAGUGAUGAUCCGGCGUAUAUGGAAGAUUGCUGGGUGUUGGAGAACAUGCUGUUGGCGAAACGGUUGUGCGCAUUCGACGAUAAGGAUGUUGCUAGGUUGGCGAAGAAUGCUGUCCAUUCCUCUUGGGCAGAGCCAGCGGUCAAGGAGAGGCUGCUGCGUGAGAUUGGUGCGGUCUGUGGUCGAUUUUACCCAGAAAAAUGA